UAAGCUCGUGCCAUAAGCUUUUAUAUUAAGAGAAAACACUUACAAAUCUAAGUGUCACCUCUCUUCUUCUUCUCAUAUAGAAAACCUUAAACUUGUUUAUAUAUAUACCAAAAGAGAAGCAUGACUCUCCUCAACACCGAAAAUACAUGGGCCUUCGUCUUUGGCUUGCUUGGCAAUGUCAUCUCCUUCGCCGUGUUCCUCUCUCCUGUGCCAACAUUCUAUAGAAUUUGGAAGAAGAAGACAACAGAAGGGUUCCAAUCUCUUCCUUAUGUUGUGGCGCUCUUCAGUGCAACGCUUUGGCUUUAUUAUGCGACACAGAAGAAAGAUGUCUUCCUCCUCGUCACUAUUAACGCCUUUGGAUGCUUCAUCGAAACCAUCUACAUCUCUAUGUUCCUUGCCUACGCUCCCAAGCCAGCCCGGAUGUUGACAGUGAAGAUAUUACUUCUUAUGAACUUUGGAGGAUUCUGUAUCAUUCUCCUUAUCUGCCAGUUCUUGGUAAAAGGAGCAACACGUGCUAAGAUUAUCGGAGGGAUCUGUGUUGGAUUCUCUGUUUGUGUUUUCGCCGCCCCUCUAAGCAUAAUCAGGACGGUUAUAAAGACAAGGAGUGUGGAGUACAUGCCCUUUAGCUUAUCCUUAACCCUUACAAUUAGUGCUGUCAUAUGGCUCCUUUAUGGUCUUGCUCUCAAGGACAUCUAUGUUGCUUUCCCGAACGUGAUUGGUUUUGGUCUCGGUGCACUCCAAAUGAUACUCUACAUUGUCUACAAAUACUGUAAAACGUCGCCGCAUAUAGGAGAGAAAGAAGUAGAAGCUGCUAAGUUACCUGCAGAGGUGACCCUCGACAUGCUGAAGCUAGGCACAAUAUCAUCACCUGAGCCAGCACCUCUCGUUCUUCAAGCCAACAAGUGUACCUGCGGCAAUGAUCGAAGGGCUGAGAUGAUUGAAGAUGGACGUCAGACCCCUAUAAACGGCAUUGGCAAGCAGCCCUCUUCCGCAGCAGCUACAUAAAUAAUAAAAAUACGUUAACCAUGCAUGUAAUGUUGACUUUACCCUGCGCCCCCGACUUGAUAUACCAACCACCACGUGUACCCGUUACGCUGUCAUAUUUUCUGAGUUUAUCAAGUGUGCGAAGUAGAGAAAUUAGGUUUCCGGAUGAUUUAUAUGCAUUUUCGGAUGUUGUAUUUAUGCUUUUCCGGAAUUGAAUUCUCUACUUCUUUUAAAAAUUUCAUGUAAUUAUCUAUUGGGGAUAUAUGUAUAUUUCCUAUUUUCUCAUUUAACGAAAACUAUUUAAAAAUAAUA